CGAGGUGGCAACGUUUUUGUUCUGGUAUCUGUUGUGUUUGUUUUAGAAAGGGGAAGGGGAAGAGCAAUUACCGGCGAUCGCUUCCUCCUCGUCCUCCUCCUCCCCGUGUGAAGAAUCCCCUUCGAUCCUUCUCCCGAUCGCAGCUUCAAUGGCGACGAGGUAUUGGAUCGCCUCGCUCCCCGUCCACACUUCCGCCUCUGCUCACUGGAACCGCCUCCGCGAAUCCAUCUCCAAGAACUCCUUCGACACCCUGCUCUAUCGUUUUAACACGCCGGAUCUGCGGGUCGGAACCCUAGAUUCUCUGCUUGCCCUCAGUGAUGACCUCGUCAAGUCGAAUGCUUUUAUAGAGGGAGUGACGCAUAAGAUCCGACGCCAGAUCGAGGAGCUGGAGAAGGCGUCCGGUGUCGAGGUUGGUGCUUUGACCGUGGAUGGGGUUCCUGUCGAUUCCUAUCUCACGAGGUUUGACUGGGAUGAAGGCAAGUAUCCCACAAUGUCGCCUCUGAGGGAGAUCGUUGACAGCAUUCAUGUCCAAGUAGCUAAAAUCGAGGAUGACAUGAAGGUUCGUGCUGCAGAGUACAGCAAUAUCCGUAGUCAGCUUAAUGCAAUAAACAGAAAGCAAAGUGGAAGCUUAGCAGUUCGUGACCUUUCCAAUUUGGUAAAUCCAGAAGAUAUUGUAGCAUCAGAACAUCUGGUGACACUUCUAGCUGUAGUUCCAAAGUACUCUCAGAAGGACUGGCUUUCUAGCUAUGAAACUCUGACUACAUUUGUGGUUCCUAGGUCAGCAAAGAAGUUGCAUGAGGAUAAUGAGUAUGCUCUUUAUACUGUGACUCUCUUUCGAAAGGUUGCUGACAACUUUCGCAAUAAUGCACGUGAAAAAGGAUUUCAGAUUCGGGAAUUUGAGUAUAGUCCAGAAGCACAAGAAAGUAGGAAACAAGAGUUUGAAAAACUAAUACAGGAUCAGGAGAGCAAGAGGAGAUCCCUUUUACAAUGGUGCUAUGCCAGUUAUGGAGAGGUUUUCAGUUCCUGGAUGCAUUUCUGUGCUGUACGGGUCUUUGCAGAGAGCAUUCUCAGAUAUGGGUUGCCACCACAGUUUCUGGCUGUAGUAUUGGCACCUUCGGUGAAAAAUGAGAAGAAAGUUCGUGGUAUUCUGGAAGAGCUAUGUGGAAAUGUUAACAGUUCCUAUUGGAAAUCUGAAGAUGAAGUUGGCUUGGCUGGUAUAGGUGGUGAAGCUGAGGCUCAUCCCUAUGUCUCCUUCACUAUCAAUCUUGUCUGAUGUGAAAAAAAAGCGAGUUGUGAGUUGAUCAACCAUGGAUGAUAUCGAGUAAAAUUAUAGCCAUCGACACACAAUUGCAUAUUGUAUUAUAUACUUGUGAUGCCAUAUGCCAAUAUUUUUAUGCAUGUGAUAAUUUUCACAAUUUUGUUCUUGGCUCUUCAGCCGAUCAAUAAUGUAAUCAUGUUGAAGUCGUUUUUUUUCACUCAACCUGAAACUUGGAUCCCUUUUGAUCUAAUAAAUCUGGCACUUUAAUGGCUAUUGCAAUU